AUGGCGAACAAAGAUAGCAACACCGACUUCCGCUCCCUCACCGGGCAGGGCGAGACGGUGGAACCUGCGAACAACAGUAAUGGCUCGAGUCCUACAGUCUCCAGGAAGGGUCCACAAAAGCCGCAAUCCUCUCAAUCAUCGCAAUCGACCACACCUACGCCCACUCCGACGCUGAGAAAGUCCUCGUCGAGCAACCUAGCACCCCAAACCGCAUCGCCGCUGGCCGCCAGUCCACAUACCUCGCGAAACACCUCGCCCAUUCGAAAAGAUAAGCCACCGACGAUAUCUGGGAAUCUCUCCACCCAGCCCUCCGCAGCGGCUAUUCAAAGAGCUUUGUCAGCGUCGAGCGUACCUCAAUUGCAACAGCAACAACAGCAGGGAGGUGCAGUGACAGAGGCGGUGUCGAAACUGCCCAGAGUACCUAAGAGUGCCUCUGCGUCGGGCGAGAACACACCUUCAUGGCCUGUGUCGCCGAGACUGAAAUCGCCUCCACCGUCUGGUCCCACUUCUAGACGAGGUUCUGCUGCUGCGGCGGCGCAAAGAAGAGAUCAACCUACCACUCCGAGCAUCGAAGUCAUCAGCUCAACACCGCAAAACAAUCACAACACAUCGCCAGUCGUUUCCAGACAAGCGAGUCGCGACAAUCAACGUCCUGACCCACAACUACAACCACCUCCACCUCCAAAGGCAUCGUCUCGCGGUGCAAGUGGAAAGUCCAUGUUGGAGACCGUGCAGGAAAACAGCGCCGAUGCUCAGGAACCCAGUCCUGCUGCAGUGCAGGCUACUGCGGACUUGAAACCACUCACCAAGAUCUCUGACGACGAAUCGAAGUCACCGAAACGAGAAGCACCGAAACAAGAAGGAGAGCAGAAACCCGCCCAACAGGGUGAAAGUGGCAGUGAAAGCGCUGGCAACAAGUCAGACUCGAAUCAAUCCAGAGGCCGCAGGCAGUCAGCAUCUCAACCUGCGAGCAACAGCGCACAACAACGGCCGAAAAACACAGCACCAAAGAGCAGCUACUCACUUACGACGACAAAAUCGCGCGCUGGUGAUGGGAAGCAAGGCAUGACGGUGGAGACGGAAACCGUUCAAUCCAUCCCGCAGUCUGGCCUUGCUCCUGCCGGUGAAGGCGCCAAUCGUCUCAGGACUGACAACAGCGGCAGUAUAAGAUUGAAGGCCAGCAACGAAACUAUCCGACCAAAGAAGGAACGCAAAAAGGCUGAUCGUCAGAAAAGAAGCGUCAAUCAAGGAUCAGGUAUGUCUUAUACUGCUCAUUCUUCCUUUCAUCUGCGCAGGCUCUAUGAGGAUCGUCGAUAUGUCAGUGCGUAUGAGUCGCUCUACUACAAUGCUUUACGACAGCGCAAAGACGAGCUUGCACAGCAGCAAAGUCCUGUCCCAGCGUCUCGGGUGAAGCGGGCGAGAUCGAUGAUUUGGCGCGAAGAGGACGACGAGAAAGAGAUCAGCGUCUCCGCACUGCAACGGCCUACUUUCCCUCAUGUUUUGAAGCACGCAUUCUCGACUGGCAUUCUCGGUACACUUUCUGACAGAUUUGUGCGCAAAGCCACUUCAAAAGCCGACCUCUUCGAGGCCCGCGUGGCGAAUGCGGUAGAUGAGGCGAAUACGUCGGAUUCGGAUGAGACGUUCGUGUACGAAUCGAACCCACCCGAACCACAGCGAAGAGGUCGACACCAUUCUAGAACUCCAUCAGUCACGUCGUCACACAGUAUGGCUGAGCAGCAGCCACGGGGAGCUAUUCGAGGGUUUGGAGACGCCUUUGAUGAGCGACGAGUUGGUGGAAAACGAAGCAUGAAAUUCUCCAGCAACCCAUACAACGACGUCGAUAGUCCUGAGAGCAACAGCGGUACGGUACGAACACAUACACCACGACACAUCGGGCGAUUUGGCAGAGGCGGCCAUCAUUCGGCAACUUAUGAGCAGGAUUCACCUUUCACGCAAGCCUCGAAGCUGCGCCAGAACCAUCAAAGAUCAAGGCCUAAUUCGCCCAAGAGCCCUCAUAGUAUGCAAUUCCGGUCUGCUGGAUUCUUUGCUGGCAAUAGGAAACAGGAACCGUACGACUUUGAUGCUGAACAGAAUGCAGAUGACGAGCGAACGCCACUCAUGGGAACGGUACGAGGACCUCGAGGUAUGCGGAACUCACGGCGGUUGCAUAGCAGUGUCCAUGAAAUGGACGACGAGGAUGAAGACGAUUCGCGCUGGCGAUGGUGGAGUGGACGGUACAGCGCUUGCUGUCUUACUACCCUUGUCAUCAUUCUGGUCGUUUUUUCGGCUAUUGGGUUCGUCUUCUCCGCGAAUCGGCCGCUGUAUGAUAUUGAAAUCCACGAGAUCAAGAACGUCCUUGCCAGCGAGCAGGAGUUGUUCUUGGAUUUGAAGGUCGGCGCGAUCAAUCCGAACACUCUGAGCAUUAGUGUUGCUGAUAUGGACGUCAAUAUCUUUGCCAAGAGCAAACAUGUGGGUAGUCACAAGCCGAAGGAUGGCGCGAAAGAGAGUGGGCGAAGGGAGGAAAGAAGAUCGAGUGGAUCUGGGGACGACCGCAACCCCAACCCCAUACAGGAUCCAGACGGUCACUGGCAUGCACCUGGCUCAGAUGGUAAGGACUCUGACCUGGAGAAGGAUGCGCAGACGAUGCUUUUGGGGCGUAUUUUCCACUUCGACCAAGCGCUGUCCUUUGACGCAUCUCCGGUCAAACAGAAGAAGCACUACUCGAUGGGCCAGGUGCGACUGACGAAGCCUGGCAACAAGACGGAGAUUCGAGGCAGUGAAAGAUGGGAGCAGGUCAUCCAAUACCCGUUCGAGCUGAUCGUCAGGGGCGUCUUGAGAUACCAACUUCCAAUCUCUGCACGCAUCCAAAGCGCAGCAGUCGGCGCGUCCGUCAUGGUUCACCCAGAAGAGGGCAUCGACGACCGAGGCAACAUGCGACUGGAGCCGAUCGACCACUCCGAGCACUGGCAAUGGAUUGACUGGCCCGACGUUUACGACGACGAUCGAGUAGAAGGGAACAAAGUGGAGGAGAUUGAAUAA